AUGAUCGAGCAUCUCCAAGUAACCCGCUACCUCCGCUCUCAACACUUCGGACCACACUACGACUGGCUCCAAGACGAUGUCGAUCGAGGCAACCGAGAGACGACCUUCUUCGCUACAUUGGAGGCUAACUGUACGUCGUGCGGGACGUACUUCCCCAAUCUCAUAUACCACUGGGACUACGAAGACUCACGCUGGUGUAGGAUCGUGGAUUGUAGUGAGAAGGACGGGUUAACGGUGAAUCCUAUCGCUGGUAGUGCGUUGUUUUGGGUCAAUUUGCAUGCGGAUGGCAUGGGAGAUGAGAGGAUGCUGCAUGCCGGGCUGCCUGUACCGGAUGGGUCUAAGACGGGCCUGAAUAUCUGGACCACAAGGGAGCUCGUCGGCGGGACUGAGGGGAGUGUUGCAUAG